UAAAUAAAGGAAACCGUGUUUCACUAGGAUCGCACAUUCACUCACGCGAGUAAAUAAGGUUGGAGAGGGCGCUGCCGGAGGAACAUCGUCUUUCAUUUUUCCGGCCAUCUCUUGUUUCUUCCACCAGUCGGCGAUCCCCUUUCUCUGACACCAAACAUGACGACAUCAAGGCGCUUUGCUGACAGGAAAGUGGAGAAGUUUGAGAAGAACAUUACCAAAAGAGGAUUUGUGCCGGACACAACCUCUAAAAAGGGAAAAGACUAUCCUGUUGGUCCACUGCUGCUGGGUUUCUUCGUUUUUGUUGUCAUUGGCUCAUCUCUCUUCCAGAUUAUCAGAACAGCAACAAGUGGAGGCAUGGCUUAAUGGAGCUUUGUUUUGGAUUGUGUCAUCUUCUCUUUCUUAGCCUCGUAGAAAAUGCCAAUACUUCCCUACAUCUAAUGUACUUGUACAAGACCCAGUUCCUGUUCAUGUUUUGAUGAACUUUAAGAAUUUUUAAUUUAAGUUACAACUAUAGUUCGUCUUGUUUUUAA